UCUACAUAUAAAAUAGUUUCCAAAGGACUGUCUAGUUUUGAAUUUGGUUGGAGCUGCCUGCAGGAUACUUGAAUUCUGGAAUUCCUGUGUAUAUAUUAGCUUACAUUCAUCUUCAUCUGACACGUGAACAGGAAAUUUCCUAUUAAGGUAUUCAAUUAGUUGAAUUGAGCGAGCAGACCUUCAGCUUUCAUUCGUUCGCUCGUUUCACGUAAGUCGUCGUAAGAAGAUGCGAAAGUUGUUAGGAGAAGAAACAAGAGUCUGCACCAAUCAGGGAAUGAUAGUAUCUGUUCCGCAAUCAAUGCAAACCUUCACAUUUUGACGAAACAGAAGUGGUUCAAGGCUUAAUCACGGCGCAUGCGUGCGCACGAUGUGUGUGUAAAAGUGACAGUAAAAUUCGUAUUGUAACAAGCUUGUUGGAUGUUGUAUCCAAGAUAUCAUUACCGAUACUAUUUGGAUCAACAUAUUUUCAUCUGCAUAUGUAUUUUAUUCUCGCAUUUGGAACAUAUAAUGGAGGAUUAUAUUAUAUUGUCAGACUAAUUCAUUGACAUGAAUAUGUAUGCAGUGUACACGUAAUAAACAACAUCAAAAUAACAUGAACAAUAUCUAUUAUAAUUGAACUACAUGAUACAAAUUUGAAGUGCGAUUGUAAGUUCACGUGUAUUUACAGUCGAAGAAAAGACAAAAAAGAGAAAUUUGAAUCGACAUAUGAUUUAUAAAUUUUAUUACAUACUUAUGGAUGAUGACAAGAGUAUUACUAUUAAAUUCAAAUGAGACUACUACAUUGUCACAGUAGUAGGAGGAUGAAUGAACAGGUAGCAUGAAGAAACUGAUAGUGAAAUUUAUUUAGAAGAGACUUUACACUGAAUCUCCAAUGGUUAAAAGAGAAUUUUUAAUAUUUACCUUCGUCGGUAGUAAUGGAUGAAAGUGAUAACGCUUUAGAAAAUGUACAAGAAGCAUUUUUAGUUUUAACAGAGAGCUUUCUGAAGCAAGGUGCUUCAUUGUCAGAAUUGAAAUCUGUCAGUGUAAGAAAUCAUGCAAGGCACAAAAGAAGUUCUGUCUUCCAUUAUCUGUGUUCGAAGAAAGCUUUCCUUGUCUUAUUUGCGCCAAUAUUUUGUACUAUAUUUUUAAAAUAUUUAUAUAUCGAUAUUGUUAAAAGUGUGAGAGGAACUAGAUGCUUAGUACCAAAUAAUUAUCUUAUAUGGGAAUUUACGAGGCCGAUAUCAAAUUGCGAUUAUUGUAAAGAUGUUACAACAGCUUUAAUUUUACCAAAUCUGACUAGAGAGGAAUUUAAACAAUACGCGUAUUCCUCUCGACCGAUGGUGAUAAAAAAUGCUGCAAGUAAUUGGCCCGCUUCGAAAGUAUUUAGCUGGAAAUUCUUUAAAAAUUUAUAUGAAAAUAUAGAGGGUGCUUAUGAUUCAGUGGAAGAAUGCCAGUUCUUACAUUUUAAAAGUAAUUUCACUAGUUUAAGAGAUGUCUUUGCCAUGAGCGAGGAUAGAGCCCUGCAACGCAGUGGACAAGCACCUUGGUAUGUUGGUUGGAAAAAUUGUCAUCUACAAAUUUUGGAUACAAUGAAACAGUUUUACAAUCUACCUCAUUUUUUGCCAGAGGAUGCGGAGGUUCCAUAUACCAAUUAUGUUUUUUUGGGAUACGAGGAAGGUGCCAUUAUGCAUCUGGACUACAUUUCUCGUCUAAUGUGGCAAGGACAAAUCUUGGGUAAUAAAAGAUGGACUGUGGCUCCAACUCCAGAAUGUGAUAGUAUUUGCAGACGUUUUAACUUUACUGUUUAUGCUGGGGACAUUAUCCUUUUAGAUACAAGAAUUUGGUAUCACAGCACUUAUGUCAUAGAUGGAAAAUUCAGUUUAACAGUCACCUCUGAAUAUGGAUAGAUGGUUCUUCCAGUAUUUGUAAAAAAGAAUCUUCCAAUAAUUUUGGAAACUAUAUAGAUACAGCAUUCUAUGUGUAUUUAAAGGUUUUUUAAUUGUGGAAUUAAAAAAUCCAAACGUUUUAGUGAACUGUUGAAUGAAGAUUUGUAUAUCUCUAAAAAAAAUUCAAUAUUGAUGCAAAUGCUGUUAACGACCAGCAUUUAAGUGUUAAAUUAGUUUUGUAAAACAUUCUUAUCCAACUAAAUAUUUAUAGGUGCCAUUUUGUAAAUGGAAGUUAUAUAAUUACUAAGAUAUAGAGUACUGCAUUUUGGAACGUUUUACACUGCCAAUAUAUUUGAAUUGUUAUGAAUGAUUAAAAUUUAUUACAUGUACCGUUUUUGCCAUAGUUGGAAGCUAGUCGAAAUAAGGUUCUUUGAGCAGCUGUGUAACUAUCUGUAAUUUAAUACAGUUGGUAAUUAAACAAUUAAAAAUUAUUUUUAUAUAGAUACAUUUAAAUUUUUAUACAUGCGUUUAAAAUAUACAUAUUACAGUUUUCAUGGGAUUGGAAUCCAAUGUUUUACUUUCAAUAAAAAAAAAGACGCGUAGGUUUAAAUAUGUUUUUAUAAUUGAAAUUUUGUAUAGAUUUUACUUGAAUGCCGAUUGUUUUAUAUUGUACUCAAUUGUAUUCUUACAUAUGUACAAAUCUUGUGUACCUUUAAUAGUUUAUAAUAAAAUGUACGAAUACAGGUAA